AAACCAACAAGGGCAUAAUGAGACACUCGCAAUCUGCCAGGCCUGCAAUCCUCAAAUUCCAUUACUGUGCCUGAGAUGGUUAAGUUGGCAACCCUAAAGUUCUCUGAUUGAUCACCGAUUCAACCCUCUAAUGCCGAAUUCGAAGUUUUAGAAUUAAAAAGUUGAUAACUUUACGCUUUAAUCUGAUCAAGGACAAUUGGGUAGCUGGUGGAAUUGAGAUCGAGAAGGAUGAGUGAGGUAUUUGAGGGGUACGAGCGCCAAUACUGCGAGCUCUCCGCCAAUCUAUCAAAGAAGUGCACGGCUGCUACCGCUGUUGAUGGAGAGGGAAAAAAACAGAGAAUUGCAGAGGUAAAGGCUGGAUUAGAUGAUGCUGAUACUUUGCUUAGGAAAAUGGACCUCGAGGCAAGGAGUUUGCAGCCAAGUGUGAAGGCAGCGCUUCUUGCCAAGUUAAGAGAAUAUAAGACUGAUUUCAACAAUCUUAAAAGCCAAGUUAAGAGAAUCACAUCACCUGUUGCUAAUCAUGCAGCCCGGGACGAGUUGCUGGAGCCCGGAAGGGCAGAAACCUUGACGACAUCGAACGAUCAAAGAGGGAGAUUAUUGAUGACAACUGAAAGAUUAAAUCAGUCGACGGACAGGGUCAAGGAGAGUAGAAGAACAAUGCUAGAAACAGAAGAGCUUGGGGUCUCAAUCCUCCAAGAUUUACAUCAACAACGCCAGUCUCUUCUACAUGCCCAUAAUACAAUCCAUGGGGUGGAUGGAAACAUUAGCAAGAGCAAAAGGGUCCUGACAGAAAUGACAAGCAGGAUGAAUAGGAACAAAUGGAUUGUUGGCUCCAUAAUCGGAGUCCUUGCCCUUGCCAUCAUGCUUAUCCUUUAUCUUAAGCUUACCCGCUAGCCUAUACUGCUGCUGCACUGCCUUGUCUAAUUUUACCGACACUUCAUCAAUCUCUCCUUUUUCUUUAUGUUGUUGGAUAUUGUUUCUAGCUUCUCUUUUUCUUCUCUCCAAGAUCUUCGCUAAUUCCAGCGAGGGGCAAACAGAGUUGUGUUUUUGUUGUGUCUUACAAAAUUGUUGUUGGAAUGAAGGAAAGCAAACCAUGGACUCUUACGAGACGAAAGCAUGGCUGAAAAAAAAGGACAGAGAGUGGAACGUUUAUCAGGGUGAGCACCUAAGUUAAUCUGAAAACCCAUUUUGAAGUCCUACUGAGAUGAAUAAUGAAAUGUGUCCCCUUCUUUGUUCAGUAAACCACAAGUUCUACAUCAAAGAAAGAGAAAAAGCUUACUAUGCAGGUUCUUCAUAUACUGAACACAAAGCUAAGGAAAAAGAUACUUACAUUAUGAUAUUUAAAUGACUACAGAAUUCCAUACCAAAAAAAAAAAAAAAAAAAACCCUCCUCCUUUAA